GCGGCCCGGGGCAGGCGGAGGCCGGCCGGCCACGCCCACACGGAGACGGAGGAACAAACAAAGCCGGAGACUUUCUCCCUUCAGUUUGCAGCGUCUCCUUCGUCCGUCCCCCCUUGCAAGCACUCGAGUCUCCGCUUACUUAUCGAGCCAGCCCCCCUUGACUUCCCCUCCCCCUCCUCCCUUCUCCAUUCCAUACUCGUCUCCUUCCUCCUCCUCCGCCUCCGCCUCCCCCGGGUCUCCUCCUCCGCAAGCAACCCUCUUCCGUCGUUUCUGCUGAUUGGCUCCGGCGGGAGGGAGGAGUGGCCGAGGGAGAUGGGGAACAUCUGCGGCGGCGCGGGGAAGGCCGAUGUGGCGGCGGACUACCGGUCGUCCAGCCCAGGAACAUCCAACUACAAGACGAGCGGCAGCGUCACCACAAGCAACAGCACCACGGGGAAGCUCUCCUCGGGGGGCAGCAGCACCUUCAUGGCCUCCGCGGGCAGCGGCGGCACCAGCGGGGGCUUCGACGAGGCCGCGGCGGGCUUCCUCGAGGGCCAGAUCCUGGAGGCGCCCAACCUCCGCACCUUCACCUUCCUCGAGCUCAAGACGGCCACCAAGAACUUCAGGCCCGACAGCGUCCUCGGGGAGGGAGGGUUCGGGAGGGUCUACAAGGGGUGGGUGGACGAGAAGACGAUGAACCCCACCAAGAGCGGCACCGGCAUGGUCGUCGCGGUCAAGAAGCUCAACUCGGAGAGCAUGCAGGGGUAUGAGGAAUGGCAGUCAGAGAUAAACUUUCUGGGAAGGCUCUCGCACCCAAACCUCGUCAAGCUGUUGGGGUACUGCUGGGAGGACAAGGAACUGCUGCUUGUCUAUGAGUUCAUGGCCAAAGGGAGCUUGGAAAACCAUCUUUUCAGAAAAGGAUGUGCUCCACUGUCAUGGGAGCUGAGGCUGAAGAUAGCCAUUGGCGCAGCUCGAGGACUUGCGUUCUUGCAUGCAUCAGAGAAGCAAGUUAUCUACAGGGAUUUCAAGGCUUCCAAUAUUCUUCUGGAUGCAAGUUAUAACGCAAAGCUCUCCGACUUUGGGCUUGCUAAGCUUGGACCAACUGGUAGCAACUCUCAUAUCACGACCAGGGUCAUGGGCACCUAUGGAUAUGCGGCUCCGGAAUACGUAGCCACCGGCCAUUUGUAUGUCAAGAGCGACGUUUACGGUUUCGGAGUCGUGAUGCUGGAGAUGCUGUCUGGCAAGCGAGCGCUGGACCCCAACCGUCCGAAUGGGCAACAGAGCCUGGUUGACUGGGCGAAGCCCUACUUGGCUGACCGGCGAAAGCUCGCCCGCCUCAUGGACCCUCAGUUCGAGGGCCAGUACAACUCCAAACAAUCCCACCAGGCGGCGCAGCUGACGCUGAACUGCCUUGCCGGUGAGCCCAGGAGCAGGCCGUCGAUGAAGGAGGUCCUCGAGACGCUCGAGCAGAUCGAGGCACUGAAGAGCCGGACAAGGGAGGCAAGAGGAGGGAGCGGGACGUCAUCCAGGGACCGCGCCCACGGACGCUCUGCUGCAGUGCACCAACGGUCGUCGCCACGUGGAGGCAGCGAUGCGCGCCGUGGUUCGAGGGCCACCAACGGCCACGCCACUAAGGCACGGUGAUCCCCUACCGGCUGGCGGAUGAUCUGCUGCUGCUGAUGACAUUCUUCCUCUUCCUGUACAUAUAUGGCCUAAUUGAAUUAAUUUUUGUCUGAUGUUGGUGUUGAGCUUGUGUCGGAUCACGGUGAGUGUAAAGUACAACAAGAAAGAAAAUCAGAGAUAUCAUGUAAUUGUAUAUUGUGAACACCUAGAAAUGGCGGAGGCAAUAAUUCUUCGGUGUUCCUGCGCCACUAUGAUUGUUUGGCACUUUGUUGGACAGUAGAUAGAUACCAUGGUUUUUUUUUGGAGCUGAGCUUUGCGAGGUUAAUUGUAUGGUUGUCAGCACAUUCUGGGUAUGAAUAGGCAUUUUCAUUUGUUUGUGAAUC